GCACCGCGCAAGGGCUGGGCCAUGAGCCGCGACGCGCCCCCGAGCUGCCGCACACCCGGCGCCGCGCGGCGCGCUCCACGCGCUCGGCGUGGCACUCGCAUGCCAAGCGACACUUUUUCAAGUCGCACAUCGGGUGUAUGACGAGAACAGGUCGUCGUGGUCGACGUCGUCAUCGUCGUCGUCAUCGCACGAAGACGACGAUCACGACGACGACGACGACGACAAGCUACUUUGUACAAGCCGAGGGCACCGCGCGCUCCUCCGAUCACCACAGGAUACCUCUGCUGGCCCAGCGCGGCCCCGCCCCCGCCUCAGGGGACGAGCAGGCUGCAUAAACAUAAUUAGUCUACGUGAGUUUAUGCACUUGUUCCUUCUUCGACGCCGCCCCCCGCUCCAGAUAUGAGCGCACGCACGGGCCAGACCAGCUGACUCUUGCCUUAUGCAGAGAGCCGCGUGCCCGGGCACGCGCCGAUGGCCCUGACUCACUGGCAUCCGAGGCUAUCAGACCAGGCGACUGGCACCCGAAGCCAUCAGAUGGUGGGGCCCGCUCGAGCGCCGAGCGAGCUCAGCGGAGCGACAUCGGCUGGUCGAACUCGACGCCCUUGACGAGGGGGCUGCCGCUGGCCUCGAUCCGCUCGUACGCCUCGCAGCACCUCGCCCUGUCGCUGCCGAAGGGCAGCGUCAUCAUGCCGAGGCUGCCCAUGACCUGCACGUCCGCCUCGGCGCCCUGCGCGGCCGCCAGCUGCCUCAUCUGCUCCUCCGUGACGUUUCCCCGAUCCUCCAUGACCACGAUCACGGAGCAGGCGUCCAUCUGCGGCAUGCCCUCGCAGCCGGCGCCUGCGGGCUGCUGGCCAGCCUGCAGCGCCAGGAUCUCAGGGCACGUUCCACGCCCAGCCGCUGCCCGCUGGCGUGCCCCCCGCGCCGGCCGCCGGCCGCUGGCCGCCGGCGGGCAGCUCGGGGCCCGCCCCGCGCUUGACCCUGUCCAGCAGCAGCGCCCGCGGCGGAGGAGCGCCGCCCGCCGGAGGUCCGGCCCUGCGGCGCAGGAGCUGGUGCUGGACGGCCGCGUCCUGUGGCGUGUGGCGGCCUACCAGGCCUCAGACGAGCCCCGAGGUCCUGUCGGCGGCGAGCAUGGGGGGGGAGGCGAGAGGGAAGAGGCCUUCGCAGAGGGCUCGGAAGUUCCCCGGCCUGCUGAGAGGUUUCCUGAGCCUUCCCCGAAGACGCAACAAAAACUUCUCAGAAGGCGCGAGGGCUUCUGAGAAGUCCCGCCGCCUUUUGAGAAGACCUUCUCCUUCUC